AUGGCGGCCAUCAAUCGGAAUAUGUUUGAGGCCGGCAUCACCACGGACUUGCCCCGUGGUGCUUCGUUGAUGGUUCUGCCGCUGAACUUGAUCGCCCAGAUUGUGACGAAUGUCGACGACACCGCCGACCUGGCCCGAUUAUGCCGAACAUGUCGCGUCCUCAAUUACAUGGCCCUCCCACAACUAUAUACCAGCUUAACCCUGACCUCCUACGACAAAAUUCGAUAUCGUGGCGAGCAACCGGAGGGCAGCGGCAGCGCCAGCCCCUUCACAAUGGGGCUCAAUGCGGUCAUAACCCGGCCUUAUGCGACUCUUGUACGAUCAAUCACCCUGCGCGGCGACUGGAAAGAAAGUGACUUAGAGGAACACGCGCAAGUGGGUCGAGUACCGGACUCGUCUAUGCUGCUGAAUAUUGCGGUGCGAGCAGCGGUGGAUCGCAUGACCCAUUUGGAGAGCUUCAGUUGGGAACUCAAUACGAAGAUGCUGGAGACUGUAUAUACUGGGUUGACCCAGCUCCCCCGACUCAAAUCGUUGACGAUCCGCUUCCCCUCCUCCCGCCAUCCACAGCCCACAUUCGUGCUUCCAGGCAUGCCGCACCUGCAGUGCCUCAAAAUCACCGAUAUCGACCCUCUCUGUUAUCCCGAUGACAUUGCGACCAUGUUGCUGAAGAGCAAGAAGCUCCGCGAACUGAAACUACACUGGUCACCCCGCAUGCGAAGUGCGCAGGAACCCAGUGUCUCUCUACACGAUUAUUUCCGGAAAUGUAUAGCCGCCAAACAACCUCUCCCGGUGAGAAAGCUGUGUUUCCAAAAUCUGUAUGCAUUCCACAGUGAGGAUUUUAAUAUCGCAUUUGAUCCCACGACUGUCGAAGAGGUCGUCUUUCUGAGUGGGACGGACAGCCUGGGAUUGGUCAACACAUUUGUCGAGAACAGCUGGCCGACAGUAGUGCCGCAUAAAAAGCUCAAGAUCAAGUCCAUGCGAAUGGAUGCAAUUUCAAAACGCAACUCGGAAUUUCUCGGCAACUUCAGAGGCCUUGAGCGGUUAUAUUUUGUUAACGUCACCGCGGAUUCGCCUGACUGCCGUAAUUCACCUCGGCCGCAUGCAGGGUCAAAUCCUGCUGCCCUCACACCUCCGGUCUCGGACUAUCCGAACGGGACAGCAGUCAACUCCCCCACUACAGCAGCCUCGCCGGCCAGCCAACUGAACAUGGCGCUUGCUGUACGCGAUAGUUACUUGGCUAACAUCACAAUGAACCAUGGCGCAAGCUUGCGCCAUCUACUUCUCUCCUCGAAAUGGCCUCUCUCCACCGCCAUGAUAGCUCGCCUCGUCCAUAGUUGCCCGAAUCUGGAACAAUUGGCCCUUGCAACGGAAUUCUCAAGCAUGGAUUCCCUCGGGUUGUUAGUGCCAUUCCUUCGAAAUCUAGUGGCGCUCCGGCUUUUGAUCCCAGCGGGCUCGCCGCCACCUCAACACGGCUCGACGGGCAAUAACGCACCUCGGCAACCGCUGCAGAGAAACCGUCCAGGAAAAAUAAAAGAUCUCAGCAGGCCGGAAGGAUCUUUCGCAUGGUUCAAAGAAAUCGAGGAAAUAAUGCUCAAUGCGCAUAGUCUACUUGAUUUGGUUGAGCUGGAUGACGAGCUCCUCAUGAAAUUAAUGAGCUAUGAUCUCGCAGAUAAAAACGUCUUCGGAAAUGUCAAGCUUGUCGGAAUGGGCUGGAAGGUCUUCGAGUUGCGGGAUUUCUACAAAGCACCCAUUGAAUCUCGCGAGGAGCCUGUCACACAAUCACCGGCUGUUGGCCGUACCGAGUCCGAAGUCGAAAUUCCGACUCACGGAACCAACGGCUUGAAUGGUGAUUUGAGCACACCGAGACAGGCUGAUGAUUCGAAACCCACAACUCCCAUUCUUCCAACAAACGGCCUUGAUACUGCCCGCGUAUCACAAUCAGCCUCGGUUUCUUCGUGGUCAACGCCAGGUCCCAACCCAACAUCGACGUUGGGGAAACGGAAUAGGGACGACGAUGACAACGGCACACGACAAUCACCCUCUGAUCUCCAGGAGGGGACCAACACCCGAUCACCAAAUUUCAUCAAAAGUGGCUGCUUCCCACCUAUCAUCACUGAAGACGGCCAAGUCAUAAGGCGAGCUAUGCGGCGGGUUGGUUGGGAAAUCCUUCAACACUGGGAGAUUUGGGCGUUGGAUGCGCAGGAGAUAUGA